AUAAACUUCUAAGUUGCAAGCUUUCCUUGUGUCAUAUAUUUGCAAUAACAAGGAGUAAACUGCAUUAAUGUAUUAGGUAUUUCUAUUUCAUGCAGCCUCAUCCUUUCUAUCACAUUGCCAUGAAAAUAUCUUUUACUUCAAUUUUCAGCUUAAGAUUUGCAUAUAAAACGUAGGCGCAUGUUACAGAAUAUGAUGCACAGUAUAAAAUUAAACUACCAAUAAAUAAUAAUGAGAAAUAGCUGAAAGAGUUACAUCAGCAUGCAGUGUACACAUGAAUGCACGAGUAAUAAUAAUCCAGUUAUAUAAUUUUAUAACCCCCAUAUACUAAUAUCACCUGUUGGAUAUAUAACACUAGGGUGGGGCUGAAUUACAUGAGUGUUUUUCCGUUUUUUUCAUUUGAUCUGGUAUGCUUUGCUCUACUUUUACUUGUAACUAAGAAGCCCAGAUUCCCAUCGUAAUGUAAUUAAAAAAAAAAAAAACUACAACAACUACAAUAAACACACCUAUUGUUAUGAAAAAACUGACAGGGCUCAUUCAGAAGUCCUUCCCUCUACUGAGGCACAUUAAUCAGAGAGAGAAAAACAUUUUCACUUACUGAUGAAACACAGAUGGUGUCUCCAUGGACUUUCAUGCCUGUUGUUGUGUGUGCACACGGAAGCGCAUGCAUGUCUGCAUAUAAAAAGCUUCUGCGCGUUGCUUUUUGUGUUCAUUUGAACCCAAGAGCCGAGAAACAACAAAUCCCUAUCUGGACAGCAAACUGGGGAUUAUGUUGGAUUUGUCUCUGCUGUACGCCACUUUCAAGGACACCUAAAACUUAACAGCUUCUUUGUCAGGCCUGUUCUCCAUCUGCAGUGAUGGCUGAAUGGAGCUGGGUGGCCUACACCGCACUAGAGGUGCUGAUUGCUGCGGCGUGCUGCCUCGGGAACGUGUUGGUGGUGUGUGCUGUAUGUCUCGGUAUCCGGGAUUCCCUUCGAAAGCCAACCUUCUGCUUCCUGGUGUCCCUGGCGAUGGCUGACUUCCUAGUGGGUGUGGCUGCUGUGCCCCUGGCCGUGCUGCUGGACGGGUGGGUGAGCGUGACCCCUGACAUGUGCCUGCUGCUCAGCUGUGUCGUGCUGGUGUUGACGCAGGCCUCUGUGCUGUCUCUGCUAGCUAUCGCUGUGGACCGAUACCUGCGGUUACACACCCCACACAGAUACAAAGCCCUGGCCACUCAGCGGCACACUUUGCUGGCCGUGUCUACAUGCUGGAUAUUUUCUGCUCUGCUAGGCUUCACCCCUCUGUUUGGCUGGAACAACUCCUCCUCCCUAACAUCUGACUCCACCAACACAUCCUCCACUUCCUCCGUCCCUCCACCAUGCACCUUCCUCUCAGUUAUCUCCCUCCCCUUCAUGGUCUACUUUAACUUCCUGGGAUGCGUCAUGGCACCCCUGCUGGUCAUGACCGUCCUCUACACUCGAAUCUUCUGGAGCCUGCAGGGACGUUUAAAGGACAGCUGCCCUCAAGCCCAGGCGCCUCUGCUGAAGGAAAAGAAGCUGGCCUGUUCCCUGGCUCUGGUUCUCAUUUUGUUUGCGGGCUGCUGGAUUCCUCUGCACCUGAUGAACUGCCUUCUGCUGCUUCAUGGGCCUCACGCUGUCACACAGGGAUGCCUCUAUACAGGUAUUCUUCUGUCUCAUGCCAACUCAGCAGUCAACCCCGUGGUCUACGCCUACCGCAUCCCAAAGAUCCAGCAGGCCUACACUCAAAUAUGGAGGCGCUUCCUUGAGAGGUUAAACUGUUGCCAUGGGAACAAGCAAGUUCGCAGAUCAAUAACGAGCACUUAAGCCAAUCACGCAGAGAUGUGCAGAUCGGGAGGUAGGGACCAGAGGGUUCAUUUUUAAGAGCAGAAACACAUGCAGAGAGUUGAGAUUGAAUCUUUAAAAGUGUACAGUGUUUGGUUUGCACGCGUAGUCCCUCGUGGUUUUCGGUUUCCCAAUAAUUUGAGUGCAAACUUGGCCCGAACGAUUUCCUGUGUCUCCACUAGAGUGUGCCAUACUCUCACGCACUCAACAGAUGCUGCUCAGUAAGAAUCAGAAAAGCAGUGUCAACAAAACAAAGUCAAGAUCCCAUUCACUGAUUUUUGGACAACUGAUUUGAGGCAAGUGUGACUUUAUUUAAGAUGUACAUAUUUUAAAGCAGGUCAUUAGACAGCUUCAGUCAGUUUAACAGCCACAGUUAAUUAAACUAAUCAUUUGAAGCACAAA